AUGGACCCUAAGAUGGACAGCGGCGUGCUGCAGCCCGGCGAGACGCUCGAGCACGACUACGACCUCCAGAAAGAUCUCUUACCGGAAGAAGUUGUCGGUAUCAUGGACCAGUUGCUCUGCUAUGAAACGGCAUGGCAUGAAGGCUAUCCGCUCUCCCAGAACCUCUUCACCUCAGUCCAUCUCGACCGGCUGCUUUGGCCUGAGCCAAGGAUCCUCGAGGAAGCGAGUUUCGAUCGUGGCAAGCCUGCUUCUCCAAUGGCUAUGAUGAACCGGAUACUGCGCGCCUACUGUCUAGCCUUGAUCAAGUGUUGCGACCGCGUCAUUCAGACAGUCACUUCGAGAGACUACUACGAAGAGGAGGAUUUCUCUACCCAUACGUAUAACAGGUCACUCCUUACGCAAAUUGACGAAGCUGAAAUUCAGCAAGAACUGAGUCACUGCUGGGAAUGGCUCGUUGGUGAACUCGGGACGCAGUACAAUAUAAGUAACGAUCUCAGACGGGCUCUGGAAUCCCGUCUUGGUUUCCGCCAAACGCUCCUCAGCGCAAUGCAUCAAGACGCGACCGAACCCCUCAAUGCUCUGGAUCCGUUAUGGAGAGUGACUGCUACGUUCUUGGGCGACAUGAAGUCUAACCAUACCCUUGGCCAGCCAGUCCCAGAGGCAUUCAGCCCAAAGUUGCAGCGACGCCUCGCUAGCACCGUCCCGCCUAGGCCCGUCGUUGAGUACACCUUUGACGAAGCCAUUCAGAAGAUGACCUUGCUAUGUGAACAUAGUCUGGAAACUAUACAGGCAAUCGAUAUCCGCUCGAGUAGCGCUGCUGGUCUUCUGUCAUUUACUUGGGCUUUCGCUUCCCAUAAACCUCAACCGCUAGCGUAUCCACGCGCCCUUCUGGCGUCGUUCAUCUUCGGCGGUCCACCGGAAGCGUUCAGCUCCGUUCUCCAAAGGGACUUAGAGGAGCUUGUGUUUACAGAGGACACAGUCCUGGAUCCGCUCAACUGGACUAUCGAAAUGUCGAGAAGCUCUCUGAUCCCACAUGACCCGCGCGCGCUAAUCGCUAAGACCAUCGACGACUUUCUGGCAAGAAUAUCUCAGUGCUAUGCGUAUCUCUGGAGCACCCUGUGUCAGAAUCGAUGCAGAAUCCGCCGGAUGUUGUGCCACAGCCUUCGAGAAUUCGAUCACUUGAUGGCAGAUGCCGAAAUCUUCGAUAAUGAAUUGCAUGAUUUGAGCAAAGACACGCUCUCCAAUCCGCUAAUGACCUGGACCUACUACCACAAGCUCCGGCAAGUGGAAUGGGUAGUCCAGCUUGGAUUCGAACAGGAGAUAUACCAGCCCGACGAACUUGUCGGAAUGUACUGGUGGCUGUCACAAAUAGCUUCGAGCAGAUACACCGUGCUUGAACACAUCCUGCCCUUCACGAGACGCCGGCACGCGCGGUUCGCUAAGAAGAAACAACUGCGCGAAGCGUCGUCUGUUGGUCGCACGGUAGACUACGUUGACGCUAUGGUGAAGGAGGCUAAAGGCACGGCUUUGCUCGCAGGAUGUCUCAGUACGCUCUACGCGCUUCUCCAUUACCUGAAGCUGUUGCCCGUCCCGGAGCGCCCAUACAGCGCACCCGCUUUGCGUUACGAGCUCAGGAUGAAGCCCUUCCUCCUCACAGUUGAGCCCCCUACUCCGCCGCCGUUCGAGGAGUACCGACAGAAGACACACCCGCUUGGCGACUACGACCAGCCAUCUUCAGACAACUUGUCCAGAAGCCUAAAGGCCAUGGCCGCAGAUGCUGACGACGCGGUGAAGAUGGCAAAAGCCGAGUUCGCGGCAUUGAAGAAACUCGGCGCGAAGGCGGCCAGAUGUGAGGCGGUUGAGGACGCAUGGAAGAAGAAUAUCGCCAGUAUGCUCUCUUCCUGCGUCGCCGCUGGUAUCGCGACAUCUACGGUCAAGGCUGCUUGCUCCGCGCAUAGUGGAAUCAGCCGGCCGCCAUCGCUCAAGGUGGAGAUGCCGGAAGCUUGGAAGAGGUACCAUGACUGGUGGGUCGUGCCGAAAGUUAUCAAUUAG